AUGAUGCUUCGCCGCCUUCUGGUCUCGGGGCAGCUGCUGGUGCUUGCUGCUGCCCAGCCGCGCAGCGCGGGGAUGGAGCGGCGCUUUCUCCGAGACCUCCUUUCAAGAACUUAUGGAGUUUGGAUUUAUCUUUCAGAAAAAGAGCAACAGGAAGCAAUUGAACAUAUUGAUGAAGUACAGAAUGAAAUAGACAGACUGAAUGAACAAGCAAGCGAGGAAAUUUUGAAAGUAGAACAGAAAUACAACAAACUCCGCCAACCAUUCUUCCAGAAGAGGUCAGAACUGAUCGCCAAAAUCCCAAACUUCUGGGUAACAACAUUUGUCAACCACCCACAAGUAUCUGCACUGUUGGGGGAAGAAGAUGAGGAGGCACUGCAUUAUUUGACCAGAGUUGAAGUGACAGAGUUUGAAGACAUCAAAUCAGGUUACAGAAUAGAUUUUUAUUUUGACGAAAAUCCGUACUUUGAAAAUAAAGUUCUUUCCAAAGAGUUUCAUCUGAAUGAAAGUGGAGAUCCAUCUUCAAAAUCAACUGAGAUCAAAUGGAAAUCUGGGAAGGACCUGACAAAGCGCUCAAGUCAGACGCAGAACAAGGCCAGUAGGAAGAGGCAGCAUGAAGAACCGGAAAGUUUCUUUACUUGGUUUACUGACCACUCUGAUGCAGGUGCUGAUGAAUUAGGAGAAGUCAUCAAAGAUGACAUCUGGCCAAAUCCGUUACAAUACUACUUGGUUCCUGAUAUGGAUGAUGAAGAAGGUGAAGGAGAGGAGGAUGAUGAUGAUGAUGAAGAGGAAGAAGGGUUGGAGGAUAUUGAUGAAGAAGGAGAUGAAGAUGAGGGGGAAGAAGAUGAAGAUGAUGAUGAGGGAGAAGAAGGAGAGGAGGAUGAAGGAGAGGAUGACUAAUUAAACACUGAUGGAUUCCAACACCCACCUCUCCUUUUCUUAUCUUUUUAAUUUUUCUCCAGUCCCUGGGAGCAAGUUGCUGUUUUGUUUUUUUUUUCCCUCCCUCCCCCUCCCCCUCCCCCUUUGUGCUCAGUCGCCUUGUUCUCUUGAGGUCUCUUUUUUUCUCUCCUCUACACCAUGGCUCACAAUUUAUUUUUUUGAGGAAAAUACCUUAAGCAGAAUACAGUGGGAAAGAAAAUCUAUACCAGUUUCUGUUCCAAGUUCAUUUUUAUCCCUUCCUAUCUCAAAACAAAAACUGUUUAUGGAAUCAACACACCAUGUUCUGUGGGAAAAAAGAAAACCUUCUGCUCCCUUCACUCUGCUGGAAGCUGAAGAGUGCUAGGCCCCUGUGUAGUAGUGCAUAGAAUCUAGCUUUUUUCCUUCUUUCUCUGUAUAUUGGGCUCAGAGAUUACAGUGUCUCUAUGUGAAUAUGGACAGUUAGCAUUUACCAACAUGUCUGUCUACUUUCUCUUGUUUAAAAAAAUUUAAAAACUAAAAAAAAAAAAUGGGGUAGAGAUGGUCAGCAAGGGUGGGUUUCAGAUGUUUGGGUGGGUUAAGUGGGCAUUUUGACAACAUGGCUUCUUCUCCUUUGGCAUGUUUAUUGUGAUGUUUAACAAACAUCCUUGCAGUUUAAGAUGACACUUUUAAAAUAAAAUCUUCUCCUAAUGAUGACUUUGAGCCCUGCCACUUGAUGGAGAAUCAGCAGAACCUGUAGGAUCUUAUUUGGAAUUGACAUUCUCUAUUGUAAUUUUGUUCUUGUUUAUUUUUAAAUUUUUUUUUUUUUUUUUUUUGGUUCACUGGAAAGGAAAGAAAGAUGCUCAGUUUUAAACGUUAAAGUGUACAAGUUGCUUUGUUACAAUAAAACUAAAUGUGUACACGAAGGGACUAAUGGUCUUCACUGAACAGAACAUGAUUUUUCUUGCUUUGUUUUCCCAUAUGUUAAACUUUGUUUGUAGUUUCCAAUUUAAUACCUAUUGGUAUGUGGUCAGUAUGUCUGUAUUUCAAGAUAACCUCAUGGCUGUAUGGAUUUAACCUAAAUUCAGAUUGUUAGAUAGCUUUCAUAUGUGAAAAGUGUUUUAAUUUAGGUGUAAUUUGCCAUGGAUUAUCUGAUACUAUCAAUAAGUUGCUGUCAGACUGCCUAUCGAUCAUCACUACAAAUUGGCAGUCGUUACUGUAAUCUGCGCAUUGUUUCUCAGUUUGAUAUCUCCAUGGGAAUGAGUUGUGGUUACAUCCUCUUAUGUUAAAUUAAUGGAGUCUUUAAAUGUUCCCCCUUGCACCAGGAAAAAAAAUUACCUGAUCCUCUAAUAAUAAAGACAUUUGAAGAUUUAAA